UUCCUACGCUUGCCGAGCCAUUAAAGGUUAAAUUACGUCGUGGGCGUAGCGGCUCCUUGUAAUGGCGACCGUGCCUUAGAUGUGCCCAGGUUUGUGAAAAUGAAGCGAAGAAGAAGUUAUUUAUUUUAAGAAAAACGCCGAGGUUCCCCGGAGGAGGACUUUGCGUCAACAACCGUCGUCUUUCUAAACUGGUUAACUUAGCUGUAAUUUUGAACUUUUGUGCCACCGAGAUGAUGAAGCUCAAGUCAAACCAAACCCGGACGUACGACGGGGAUGGCUACAAGAAGCGGGCCGCCUGUCUGUGCUUCAGGAGCGCGACCGAGGAGGAGGUGCUGCUGGUGAGCAGUAGUCGACAUCCUGACAAGUGGAUAGUUCCUGGAGGAGGAAUGGAGCCAGAGGAAGAGCCCAGUGUUGCUGCAGCUCGAGAAGUGUGUGAAGAGGCCGGCGUGAAGGGGACUUUGGGUCGUUUAGUUGGAAUAUUUGAGAACCAAGAGAGAAAACACAGAACCUACGUCUACGUCCUUAUUGUAACAGAGGUUCUGGAGGACUGGGAGGACUCAGUCAACAUUGGAAGAAAAAGGGAAUGGUUUAAAAUAGACGAUGCCAUACAAGUGUUGCUGUGUCACAAGCCUGUGCAGGCCACCUACUUUGAGGCCCUCCAGGAGAGUUGCCUGACCAGUAAUGGAACACCUUUGGUGACUACGAUAGGGUAUGUCACUGGAAUAUUCUUUUCCUCUUGUGAUUUGGGACUAUGGAAUAAAACCAGUGCAAGAAGACUGAAGAUUGUAAUAUAAAUGUGCCAAGAAAUAAACACCAGUAUUUCACAUUCA